AUGAAUUUCGUUCGGCUUUCGAUAUUUUUUCCGCUGUUUUACAUAGUAAAUGGCAAUGCAACUAACCAUAAAUCCUUGUGGGAUGACGACGAGGAGAAUGAAGCUCAGAAACCGAUACUUCGAAUCCAUCAUAUCAACAUCUUUGGGGACUCUCGCUAUAUGAAGGCUUUAUCAUACAUCGAUGAAACUCGCUUGAAGUUCACUUUAUUUGUAUCGCUUCGUGAAGAACUGGGUAGCAAUUUCCUGACAUUCAACAUAAAGAUUCGAGUGAGACCGACGGGCAGAGCGAAUUUCGUAACGCUGCUCCAAAUGCGGGAUCUGGAUCUGUGUGGCUUCUUCGCGGAGUUCAGGAAAAACCCCAUGAUGAAGUACAUUCUGCAAUCGGAGAUGCAACUAAGCGACAUUAUUGUCUGUCCUGUGCGGGUGGGAAACUACUCACUAAAGAAUGUGCGUGUCAAGGACAUCUAUCCGCAGGUUCUUCAGAACGGGAUCUACAAGUUCUUUGUGGAGGUAAUUGAGGCAACAGCGGAGAAAGUCUUCGCCCUGCAGGUGACCACCGAGGUCCGAAUACCGAAUACCACAGAAUAA